GGGUGGGGCGUAGGAGGCGACAGAACUGCUCUGUCAAGAAGUUCUUACGGGGCCCCGAGUCGCGUUUGUAGCUUAAAACACAACAACAACAACAACAACAACAACGCGCACAAAACUGGGCUGUGGACGAGGUGGCGCGAGUCUGUCGCGGGCGCAGCCAUGGCUGGCAUGUAUGGAUGGGGCAUGACCCCGCUCAACUCAGCAGCUCCCUACACGGAGAUCAUCGAGCAGCCAAAGCAGAGAGGGAUGAGGUUCAGGUACAAGUGUGAGGGGCGGUCGGCCGGCAGCAUCCCCGGAGAGAAAAGCAACGACACCACGAAGACCCACCCAGCCAUCAAGGUGCACAACUACAGCGGGCCCCUCCGUGUCCGCAUCUCGCUGGUGACGAAGAACUCGCCACACAAGCCUCACCCCCACGAGCUGGUGGGGAAGGACUGCAAGCACGGCUACUACGAGGCCGACCUGCAGGAGAGACGGAUACACAGUUUUCAGAACCUGGGCAUACAGUGUGUGAAGAAGAAAGACGUGAACGAGGCCAUCACUUGCAGGCUGCAGACUAAUAAUAACCCCUUUAACAUUCCGGAGGCCAAGGUUUGGGAGGAGGAGUUUGACCUGAAUUCGGUCCGGCUCUGCUUCCAGGCGUCCAUCACUCUGUCGACGGGGGAGCUGUUUCCCCUGGAGCCCGUGGUGUCACAGCCCAUUUACGACAACAGGGCUCCUAACACAGCUGAGCUGAAGAUCUGCCGAGUCAACCGCAACUCUGGAAGCUGCAAAGGAGGAGACGAAAUCUUCCUGCUGUGUGACAAAGUGCAAAAAGAGGACAUUGAGGUGCGCUUCUUCCAGGACUCCUGGGAGGGGAAGGGAACCUUCUCCCAGGCGGACGUCCACAGACAGGUGGCCAUCGUGUUCCGCACGCCCCCCUACCGCGACGUUAACCUCACAGAGCCCAUCAGAGUCAAGAUGCAGCUCCGCCGGCCCUCUGACCGCGAGGUCAGCGAGCCAAUGGACUUCCAGUACCUGCCGUCUGAUCCAGAUGAAUACAGAUUGAGUGAGAAGAGAAAGCGGACGGGAGACAUGUUCCAGAGCCUAAAGCUUUCCAGUGUGUCUGUUACACAAGAUAGGCGACACCUAAGCCCAGUGAGGAGAGCAGACAGAACCAAGCCUCUAUCGAUGAAUGUACCAGCGGUGAUGCUGCCCUCUGCUGCCAGUGCAGCAAAACCCCAGCCUUCAUACUCAUACAAUCAGCCAGGCCAGCUCUUCUCAGUCCAGGCCAAGUCAGAGGCAACAACUAACCAAACUUGGAAGAUCAUGGAGAGCCUGAACCUGGGCCCUCAGCCUAAAGCUGCCCCAGUGCCAACUUACACGAUGGGCCAGGUGCCACUAUCGUCCUCCGCCUCUUCCACUUCCUCCUCUACCACCACCACUGCUGCCAACCAGGACUACCCAACCAUCAACCUGCCAGACCUUCAUGAAUUCUUCCCCGCCAUGUCUUCAAGCAUGGCUCAAGUGUCUGCACCCACCCAGGCAAACGCCGUGCCCUCACAGGCCAGCAGCUCCUUCAACCAAGGAUCCCAGUUCAGGUCCGACGCACAACUUGGAGAUGAUGACAUCCCAGAGUUCCCUAGCUUCUCCGAAGCUCAGGCCCCCGUAGCCCUGGACAGCCUAAACAUGGAUGACUUUGUGGACCUUCUGAACCCCCGUCUCAUGAGCGAGAGUGGAAACGGUGCCGUAGCGUUGACCCAGGGUCAACAAACUGGCCCCCACAGCUCGUCCACCCAGAACAGCGCAGUACCCCAGAACACUGACCCUGCCAGCACCCCAGGAGGCACCUGGAUGAAUUACCCCAAUAGCAUUCUCAGCUUGCUUCAGAACGAGGGCAUGAUGGACAUCCCACCCAACAACAACAACAACCACCGGCCCGCCAUGCUGGAUGAGUUCGAUGAGUUAAUGUCUGCUGACGAGGAUCGUCUUAUGUCCAUUUUGCAAAGUGACAGCCAGGCUGGGUUUGUGUCAGGACAGCCAACUUAAAAGGUGUCUAUAGCAUUUCUUGCAUUGGACACAUUCACCCAGGGCCACUUGUACUGCAGCUUUCAGCCUUGAGAACUAAAACUCCUCUUUUGUUAACAAAAACAAAAAAGGAAACGAGGCAAUACAAGAUCAAAUGUAGCAGAACUGCCCACUUCAUCAAAUGCCAAGACUAUUUAUGGUAUUCAGUGAGUGGAAUCUUUUUGUCCCGGUAAUACUGAAUACAGUCCCAUUUUAUCACUUCAAGCCCACGUUUCAGAUCGAUGAUGAACUAUUUCACCCACUGACAUGAUAGAGGAUUUGUCUUGUAGCAAAUGCUUGUUUCACAAACUGUCUCAUCAGCAGCAGUACUGUAAAGGUUUGUUUUAAUGUUUCUCCUGUGAUAUUAUUCUGUGGAACACGUUGAGUAUGUUUUUAUUUUGGAGUUGUGGUCCGUUUCAACGUUAAAUCAAUAUUGUAGUUCAUCCCUGCAGGGUGGGCCGUCCGGGUCCUCGAGGGCCGGUAUUGCUGCUGGUUUUCCAAGUCUCCCUGCUGAUCACCUUCCUCAGGUGUGUCAGUUAGCUUUUUCAGCUGCUGAUUGACUGAACACACCUGAUUGAGGUAAUGUGGUAACUGGGGCAGGGAGAGUUGGAAAACCAGCAGGACAGCGGCCCUGGAGGACCAAGUUUGCCCACCCCUGCUUUAGUCUAUGCAGAUAAGAUACAUUUGUCCUUUAAUUAUUGCUGUGUUUUACUUUUUUGAAGGUCAGGAGUAACUGAUUACACCAGGUGCCUUGUUGAGUCCCAACAAAACUAUUUGCCAUCAACCAAAUGAAGGUCUAUGUGUAAAUAACUACCAAUCAAGCUACAUAUAAGUACAUGCUUAUAGCAGAGAAGAGUACGAAGGCUGACACAUCUUUUAUUUUAUUUGACAAUAUUAUUUGUUCAUCAGUCUUUCAGCAACUAUUUCACAGAAUAAGGUGCGGUUUAACUGAACCCUUUCAGACCCAGAGGUCAACUUAUAUUACAAUAAAUUUAUAAUGGUUUUAUGAUACAGUAUACUGACUAUACUAUAUGCUUUGUGAAUGCAUAAUGAUGUCAAAAUCCAAAGUGUUUGUGAAUAAAUAAAAGUGAAAGACACA